UGCAGUUAGUACCAGUGCCAGCUGUUUCGUGCCCGGAGUGGCUCGCCUUGGUGUAGGUCAGUGCCGAUCCAGGGUUUCCGCUGGGAUUGGUGCAGUGGGAAAGCAGAUUUUUUUUUGGAUGGAGAGGGAUUGAGAAUUCUAGAUAAAGGGCGAGUAAUUCAUCAAAAAGAACGUCAAGAUGAACAUGGAAAAUCUCACCAAGCGUGAGCUGCUGAUGCUCUUUAGUAUCCUUGAAGGAGAGUUAGAAGCGAGGGAUCUUGUUAUAGAAUCCUUACAGGCUCAACAAAAAGAAAAAUUUAUUCAAGAACGAUAUGGAAAAUACAAUCUUAGUGACCCAUUUGUAGCCUUGCAAAGAGAUCAUGAGAAGCUUCAUGCUGACAAUAAUGAAGAGAAGAAGCCAGUCUGUUCCAGCCCAUUGGGUGUUCUGAAGGCAGUGAUGUCCCAGUGCAGGAAGAUGCAAGAAAGAAUGCUGGCCCAGUUAUCUGCUGCAGAAAGUAGACACAGAAAGGUAAUUAUGGACCUAGAAGAAGAAAGACGAAGACAUGCACUGGAUGCUGCUGAAGGUGAUGAUGUCACAUAUAUGUUGGAAAAGGAGCGAGAGCGCCUUAUGCAGCAGUUGGAAUUUGAAAAAUCCCAAGUAAAGAAGCUUGAAAAGGAGCAAAAGAAGUUUUCCAGCCAGUUGAUGGAGGAACAGUCUCGACACAAACAGCUAUCCUCUAUGUUGGUGAAAGAGUGUAAAAAGGCCACAAAUAAAGCAACAGAGGAAGGCCAGAAAGUUACCGAGUUAAACUUAAAGCUAGAGCAGGAACGAAGCAAAUGCAUUAAGCUAGAGGAAGAACUAGCAGCAGAGAAAAAGAGAGGUCUUCACAUGGAAGCCCAGGUGGAAAAACAACUUUCUGAGUUUGACAUUGAAAGGGAGCAACUGAGGGCCAAGCUGAACCGUGAAGAAAAUCGAACCAAGGCAUUAAAGGAAGAACUUGAGAUUCUGAAAAACAAAAUGAAAGAAAUUCAGAAUCUUGAAAUUCCCAAGAAGUCAGAAGCAGAAAAACAAAACAACUCCAGUAAGUCAGAUUCUGAAAAACAAAAAUGCAUUUUAAUAUCGGUAGGUGUUGGACCUGAAACUCCAGAAGUGGUUUCCACAUUCUGCCAGACUGAGUCAGUCCAGAUAGAAAGUGAAUUCAGUGAUAACAAUACAACGGUUUUCUCCAGCACAUCCAUAGCAGCAACAGUUCAGCAUGCAAAAUUAAAUGGACACAGUCCUACAGACUUCCAGAGAAAUGGAGACUGCCUGAUUAAUACAGGAGACAGAAUACAAGAGAAACUGGACAUAGAGAAUGUAGUAGAAAAUAGUAUAUCUACUCACAGGACUUCACCAGUUCACACAAACAUGCAUAUUACAGGGGGUAGAUCUGUUUCACCAAGUAGCACAGCUGGCUCAUCUCUAUCUUCGUCACCUUGUUCUUCACCAGUUUUGGCUAAACGACAAAUUAGUUCCUCACCCCAUAGUUCUGGAUAUCAGUCUCCUUACCAAGCAGGUGUUAAUCAGCGCUUCCAUGCAGCUCGUCAUAAGUUUCAGAGCCAAGCAGAACAAGAGCAACAUGUGAGUGGGUUACAAAGCCCUCCACCAAGAGAUUUAUCACCUACUUUUUCUGACAGUACAGCUGCAAAGCAGAUGGCUCGGAAUACUGUAACGCAGGUUCUUUCUAGAUUUACAAGUCAGCAGGCAUCAGUAAAAUCAACUCCUAACAACUCACCAUUUGGCACGGAUUACAGAAGUCUGGCCAGUACUGCCUGUCAGAAAAAUGAUCUUAACCAUUCACCUACUGCUAGUAAAGUCUCCAGCCCACAAAGUCCAUUGUCACCUGGGAUCAAAUCUCCAACCAUUCCAAGAGCAGAAAGAGGAAAUCCUCCACCACUUCCUCCUAAAAAGCCAGGACUUGCUCAACCUCCAUCUUCACCAAACAUAUAUCAUAAAGGACUUAAUCAAACAACUCCAGUAGAAGUUACAGCGGACAUUACAAACAGUAAUCCUAUAAACAGUACAGUUACUAACAGCAGUGAUGUUGAUAUAUUACUUCAAGCUAACAGUUAACCACUGCUUUUAUGUUUGAUGUACAAAUACAUUCCUUGCAGUACAUGUUUUUUGUGUCAUAAAAAUAAGGGGAAAAAAAUGUCAAAUUAAGAAGUCAUUUUAUUUAUUUUUGUAGCAAUAAGACACUCUACGUUGUUUUUAAUGUUAGGGUAUUUUUAUAUUUUUCAUCAGUUUGAUUGGAAAUGUGUGCUGUAUAUAAAUGCACAAUGUAAUAUUUGUGACCUUUAGGCCACAUUGACCCAUAACAUUGUCUAUUUAGUAUGAGGAAGACAUUUUUUCACAUACUUAUUUACUUGCUGAACUAAAGACAUUAUGCACGUAUGGACAUUCCGUUAUAAACUAUGCACAGAUGAACAAGAACUCUACAUUCACAAGAUAAAGCAAAGUGCCUGAAUAUUUCUUCACUAGGGAACCUUUUAAGAAACUGUUAGCACAUACUUUAUGAACAACCAUCACAGUAUAGUUUUUACUGUGCAGCGAAUUACAGAAGCAGAUUUCUGACAUGAGUGAUUUAAACAGUUUUUCAGUAUUUGCAGCUCAUAACCAGCGCACAAAUACGUAUAAGACCCACAGAGAUUAAGGGACAAUUGAUAGCACGACAAAGAGGCCUCAAGAUGCUAUAAUGAGUCAUUAAGCUUUAAUAAUAAAAGGGAAGAGAUGUAACCUAUCGAAACCCAGAACAGACUUAAUUUGUCUUAUUUGCACUGGUUAAAAUCAUCUGUUAUGUAGUACAGAUCCCAUAUUAAAAUAUCUGCAGCAAAUUUUGUAUAUACUAUGUCACAGUUAUGGGAAAAAAUAUUCCCAAUCUUUAUGGGUAAUCAUGAAAAGAAUGUAAUGUAUUGAAAAAAUAUGUAAUUUCUGUUAUACUGUGCAUUUUUUUUUCAAAAUUUUAUGACUGCACUUGCUAUGUUGUAGUACUCACAGACAUUUAAAUAAUUAAGGGACCAAACUGUACAGAGUUUUUAUAAAUAUAUUUCUCAUACUUUAUAGAUGUAUACAGAGUAGAAAAUGCACUGAAUUGUGAUUCUGUGAUACAGGGCUGACAUCAGUAGAUAUGUAUUUCUCCUGUUUAGUGGCUUAGAUCUACUUGAUUAAAAGCACAAGAACAAAAGAUAGGUUCACUUUAACUUAGUUUAUAGAAUUAAGAUAUAGACUUCAAUAUUUUAAUCAUUACACUUUAUGUGUAAAGAAAUAAAUAUUUUUAACACGUAAUUAUUAAUAUUCUUGCUGCAUUGAUGGAGGAAAUUGCAAACAGCUAUUGUUUGGCCAUCACCUAGAUAAGAAGUGGGAAACAUACAGCUGAAAAAAGUACCUUCCUCAUUUCAUCAUAGCUUUCUGCUACAACAACAGGUAUUACAACAAAAUUCCAAACACAUUUAGAAUUUUUCUACUACAGUAAUGUGUUUUGUUUGUAUAUGAAUAACUGCCAGUUGGUACAGAUGAAGUGAUGUGCCUUGGCUUUGCGGCUAACUUGUGUUUGCCUGGGGAAAAAGGUGGGAGGAUAUUUCUCAGUUACUAUAUAUUCACAUAUUCAGGAGCUGUCAUUCGUAAUAAAUAAUGGAUAAUUUAAUUCUGAAGACUUGAAUUAAAUAGCUUCGUAAUUUAAUUUGUAUUUUCCCAUUUUGCUCAUAAGAGCUUUAUAAGAAAAAUUAGUGCUGAAAUAUAUUUCUGCUACCCUUAUUCUCUUGUUCCCUUUAUCAUAUUACUAGUGUGAUAAUUUCACUUACACUGACAUCACAGCUGGUUGAUCUCAGUUGCAGAAAGGGAAGUGACUUCACAGUUACUGACAGUACAGUGCUGGUGAUGGAGGCAUUACUUCAACGGUCUUUGUUGGGGUGAUGCAGUCUGUUAAGUCAUUAAGUAAACCUUUUUUAAAAGGCACUGCUUUUUAGAUUCACAGAAGUAGUUUUAAACAGCACACUACAUUUCUCUAGGGAAUAAGCAGCUACUACUACUUAUACACUACAAAAUAUAAAUUGGUGUCAAUUUUGGAUCUGUAUUCCAAGAGACAAAUUUAAUGUUUUAUGAACUAUUUUUUUUCUUAAUUCAUCCCAACAGGACACUUUCUUAGGAAAAGGAUCUGAAUGGUAAUCUGUAGGCAAUACUACAGUAUGAUUCUGAUUGUUUCAUUUCCGAAUGUUACUAUGUAUUUUGUUUAUUAAUGAAUGUUCUACAUAAUUUGACUAAGAAAAAAAUAUGUACAUUAACCAAAAUGUAUGGUAUAAUUGUUUGAAAGACAAACAGAUGAUUGUCUUUGUACUACACUUGUGGAAAUCAACAGUCUCAAAAACUAUUGUAGGAAACGUGUAGAAUAUAAUUCAAAAUUAAUUAUUUAAAUUUUAACUAACAUUUUAAGGACAAGUGCUGCUCACACAGAUUUUUUACUGCUGAAAGUCCCAUAGGUAAGAAUGCAACUUCAAGUGCCUUUGAAAUUGCAUAUUCUAAGUACAGAAUAAAGCAGUAGUAGAUUUAUUCAUGUAUAAAUGUAAAGGCUAUUCAAUAAAAUCUUUUCAGUAAA